AUGUUCUCUACUCCGCCCCGCCCUUCUUCGUAUGCGCCGACGUCGGGGCCCUCCCUCCUCCUUGCGACGCCGUGUGGUCGAGCUCAGCAUGGUCGCCAGCGAUGCCGAGCCUUCCGUCCUCCUUCGGACGCGGGGGUUCGUGAGCUGGCCCUAUGCUCUACCACGCCCCGCCCCUUCUUCGUCUACGCCGGUGCCGGGGCCCUCCUUCUUCCAUGCGACGCCUUGCGGAUCCUGUCGGCGAGCUUGGCGUCGAAGGCGUCGAGGUCCUCGAUGGCGACGGUGCCAUGGUCGCGGUUGUGCACGAGGCUCUCGCCGGGGACAGGGAAACGCGUACACGGAUCAUCCUGGCCCGAUUCGACAACGGCGCCAGAUCUGGCAGACUACCCAUCGCCAGGAAUCCCGUCGCCGGCAGGUUACUCCACCCAGGGCAAGAAAGACCCGCAACCCCCCGCCGAGGGCAAGAUCCCGUCGUCGUCAACCGCAGCCCUCGCCGCCGAGCACCCACACGUCACGUUGUGGGAGUGGUGGCUGGUGAGGCUGAAAGGGGAAGAGCGAAAGCUCGCUGUUUCCGGCUUCACUGAAAAGAAUGACCUAUUCACUUCUGCAUCCAUAGCACAGCGUUAUGAGUCUCUCACGCUCCAAGAUGAAGAUGGGGUUGUGAUGCGUGCUGCUGUGAGGCAUGUCGCAUCACUUUUCCCGACUGCAAUCAUUAGCGGAAGAUCUCGUGACAAUGUAUUUGACUUUGUGAAACUAACUGAACUGUACUAUGCUGGAAGUAAUGGAAUGGACAUCAUGGGGCCUAUUAGGAAGUCUGAGUCCAAUGGCCAGCAUGUGCAAUGUGUUAGGUCCACUGAUUCAGAGGGUAAAGAGGUCAAUCUCUUCCAACCUGCAAGUGAGUUUUUACCUAUGAUAGUUGUGGUGUUCGAAAAUCUUAGAGAGAGUAUAAAGGACAUCGAUGGUGCAAGGAUGGAAGAUAACAAGUUCUGCGUGUCUGUGCUUUACCGGAACGUUGCACCACAUGACUAUGAAACAGUUCAUCAGCGUGUAACUGUUGUUCUGAAGGACUACCCUUGUCUUAGGCUUACCCAUGGGAGGAAGGUUCUUGACGUUCGCCCUGUCAUUGACUGGAACAAGGGGAAAGCUGUGGAAUUUUUUCUUGAAUCACUUGGACUAAGCGAGAGUGACGAUGUUCUUCCCAUCUAUGUUGUAGAUGACAAGACUGACGAAGAUGCAUUCAAGGUUCUGAAGGCAAACAACCAUGGCUUUGGAAUUCUGGUUUCAUGUGUGCCCAAGGACAAUUGA